AGGUACUGCUCGGGUGUCUUCGCAAGUACUUUGGCACCCCGGUCCCGUCAAUCGGAUCUCUGGUCGCACUCCCCUCCCAGCCCUGAAGGUCCCCCCACCCCCUCUCUAGAGAGUCUCCUCAUCCACAGCUUCGCGCGCAAACCAGGUCCUCCGCAACAUGCCCUCGAGGUACACAGGCCCGCUGCAAUUCCAGGCUCUUCGCUCUCUACAAUUGGGCUGGCGGUACGUACCAGAGACAGACGACUGCUGCUACCCUGCUUCCUGCUUCGCGACGAGACUCUUGGUUCUCCGGCCUGACCACCCUCUAGCUCCAGUUGCAGUCCAAAACAUACAAGAGCCGGACCACCCCUUCGGCACCCCUCCACAAUUGUUGUCAUUGACUCUGUACAGUAUCAUCUUCGCAACUGUUUCUCAACCGAGUGUUUUAUCAUCACCAUUAUUGUUAUUGCGUUGCGAGGUGCUUGAAACAGCCCCCGUCUUCUUGCUCUUCAACAGUAGUUGCCGAUAUUCACUCAAGCACACACCACACGAACAUCCCUCUCUCGCCGACUCUCACCCACAGCACCCCCAUUCUUCAACCAACUCCACGAAAUCCCGCCUCUGGUCUGAUACCCCUCUUUCCAAAGACGGCAGCGCAGUGCGACUUACACCAAAAACGAACGUGAGUGUCACUUUCUCCCACCUUUUCUCACUCUCACGCACAUUCUCUCUCUCGCUCUCUCUUUUAUAUGCCCCCCCCCCGCCUUUUCACCCCCAGCUUUCCUCCAACCAGCCUCUUAUCAACCCGCAUUAUCCUCCAAUUCUUCAACUAAACUACCUCUUCCUUCCCCCCCCAUACCUUAACUCCCCUCACUCUCCUACUCCGCCUCUUCCUGCGGGCUUUUAUGUUUUUCUCCAACAUCGCCGCAUUACCCACAAUCCCAAGUCUUGAGAGAGAGACAUAAACGGGUCUAGGCUAUAUCUGCGCUCUUGGGCACCCAUGCUUUCGCGAAAAGCAUCCCCUGCCCACUCUACCCCGGCUACUCCAAAAAUAAAGCGGUGUCUUUGAAGGCCUUGCCCUCACCGCUCCAUCAGCCAAGCU